GUUUAUUCCUUGUCUUAUUGUCGGUGAUACGGCUGAUCGAUGAUGCAGAUGGUUGCACAAGCGCCAACUUCAGAGCCAUAUUCGUCGCACCCGCGAUCCAGGCAGUCACCUUUCUGUUUGCUAUGUUGCUGCUGCUCCUGGAGAGGAAGAAAGGCCUCAUCACUUCCGGGGUGAUGUUCACCUUCUGGCUGCUGCUCACACUGACUGGCAUCGUCCCCUUCUACUCCAUCAUCCUACAAGAGGAAGACAUGCAUCAUGCAUUUCAAGCAGUGACAUUCUACAUUUAUUAUGCCCUGGUUGCACUGGAGCUCUUCCUGGGCUGCUUUGCAGAAUCAUCCGACAAAAGAUCUACAGAUAAAACAGUAUGGCAUUCCUUAUAA